AUGACUCACGAUCGCACUCGGGCAGAUCUGAGUUUCCCCUUCACCACUACCGAUGUCGAACGCGGAGGAUUCACCGAUGAAUACCGUACCACCUCCAAAACCGGUUAUAUGCAGGCCGAUCUCGCCCUGCGACCGAUCCCCACUCAUGUCUCAGAGCUUCCCGGUGCUCUUCGGGAUCCAGAAAAGGCCGCACAACUAAAGGAUAUGAAGUUGGUGACCUGGCUUCCAAACGACCCGGAGGAUCCGCGGAAUUGGUCAGAUCUCUACCGCUGGUAUCUUACCGGCGUUUGUGCGCUUACUGUCGUUUGCGCUGCGUUCGGUAGCGCCGUCGUUACCGGUGAUUUCAAAGACAUAGAGGAUGAAUUUCACGUUGGGGAGGUCGUUAUCGCGUUGACGGUAUCGUUGAUGGUGGUUGGUUUCGGUAUCGGUCCGCUGAUAUGGGCGCCAUUGAGUGAGCUGAUGGGACGGAGACCGAUUUGGAUUGGCCCCGCUUUCCUCUAUGUUAUAUUCAACAUUCCAUGUGCUGUUGCGAAGAAUAUUCAGACGCUUUGUAUCUGUCGAUUCUUCUGCGGUAUCUUCGCCUCGAGUCCUCUCGCCCUCGCUGGCGGUACGAUCUCCGAUCUUUGGGACAACAACGAGCGUGGAUUUGCCAUUGCUUUGUUCGCCGCAGCUCCCUACGGUGGACCCGUAUUGGGUCCCAUCGUCGGUGGUUUCAUCGGCGAGAACAUCGGCUGGCGUUGGAUCAUUUGGAUCAACAUGAUCUUCUCCGGCCUUUCGUUCGGCCUCACGUGCACGCUCCCAGAGACAUUUGCUCCUACUCUGCUGAAGAAGCGUGCGGCGCGUCUACGGAAGGAGACUGGAAACCCGAACAUUACUACUGAGCAGGAGCUGUUCCAGGCUUCUCUGACCCAGAUCAUCAUUGAGACCCUUAUUCGUCCGUUCCAGAUGCUUGCUACUGAGCCCAUCCUGCUGCUCAUGUCCUUGUAUGUUGCCUUGAUCUACGGUCUUCUUUACGCCUUCUUCUUCGCUUUCCCUGUCGUCUUUACCGAAGCGUACCACUUUGAUGACGGUCACUCCGGUCUCGUGUUCAGCUCCGUCUUGAUCGGCUUGUUCAUCGCGCUGUUCGUCACCCCGCGCAUUGAGGCCGAUUAUCGGAAGCGCGCGGAGGCGAAGGGCGGGAGGGCGGAUCCUGAGGAUCGUCUCGUCGGCAUGAUGAUCGGCUGUUGGUUUAUUCCAGUUUCCCUGUUCAUCUUCGGUUGGACGUCGCCUCCGGCUGUCAUGCCCGGAGGUGGCAAUUGGGUUGGACCCUGCUCGUCGGGUAUCCCGUUCGGCUUUGGCAUGGUUAUUCUGUACUUUUCUGCCAACGCGUACCUUAUUGAUGCGUUCCCCGGUUAUGUCGCGUCUGCGUUGGCCGCGAAGACCGUUGUUCGUUCCGGCUCUGGUGCUGCGAUGCCGCUGUUCAUCGAGGCGAUGUACCACAAUCUCGGCAACGGCUGGGCUGCGUCUACAUGGGCGUUCAUCUCUAUUGCCAUGAUUCCUGUACCGUUCCUGUUCUACCGAUACGGCAAAGCGAUCCGCGCAAAGUCAAAGCGUGCUGCUGCAUAG